AUGUCACAGCUGAAGAAUGGCGAUGUGGCCACUAAAUUAAUCGAAAAUAGACUUUCCUUCUCAAGAAUCCCUAGAAUAAGCCUCCAUGUAAGGGAUUUGUCAAUCGUUGCAUCCAAGACCAAUACGACGCUAGUUAACAGGUUUUCCAUGGAUUUGCCCAGUGGGUCGGUCAUGGCAGUUAUGGGUGGUUCGGGUUCAGGGAAGACUACGUUGCUAAAUGUUCUGGCAUCCAAGAUCAGCGGUGGGUUAACUCAUGAUGGAUCUAUACGGUACGUCUUGGAAGAUCCAAUUUCUGAACCUGAGGAAACAGGGCCUAAUACGGCCCACUUGGGUGGUCAAGACCAUCCCACUCAGAAGCACGUAAUAAUGGCUUACCUACCGCAACAAGAUGUACUCUCUCCCAGAUUGACUUGUAGAGAGACUCUUAAAUUUGCAGCUGAUUUGAAACUGAACUCUUCCGAGCGAACUAAGAAACUAAUGGUUGAGCAAUUAAUUGAAGAAUUGGGGCUUAAGGAUUGUGCAGAUACUCUAGUUGGGGAUAACUCUCACAGAGGUCUUUCUGGUGGUGAAAAGAGAAGACUAAGUAUUGGUACUCAAAUGAUUUCAAACCCUUCCAUCAUGUUUCUGGAUGAGCCUACUACUGGACUGGAUGCAUAUUCUGCCUUUUUGGUUAUCAAAACUUUGAAAAAAUUGGCUAAAGAAGAUGGCAGGACUUUUAUCAUGUCAAUUCACCAGCCAAGAUCAGAUAUAUUAUUUUUAUUGGACCAGGUUUGUAUUCUGUCAAAGGGUAAUGUGGUAUAUUGUGACAAAAUGGAUAAUACUAUCCCUUAUUUUGAGUCUAUUGGUUACCGCGUACCCAACCUGGUGAAUCCAGCAGAUUAUUUCAUUGAUUUGUCAAGUGUAGACUCUAGAUCUGAUAAAGAAGAAGCUGCUACACAAAGCCGGCUAAGUUCAUUGAUUGACCAUUGGCAUGAUUAUGAGAGAACUCAUUUGCAAUUACAGGCGGAAUCUUAUAUAAACAACGCUACGGAAAUUCAAAUCCAAAAUAUGACUACCAGACUACCAUUUUGGAAGCAAGUCACGGUGCUGACGAGGCGAAAUUUUAAAUUAAACUUUUCAGAUUAUGUUACUUUGAUAUCUACCUUCGCAGAACCGUUGAUUAUUGGUACUGUCUGCGGUUGGAUUUACUAUAAACCUGAUAAAAGCAGUAUAGGUGGUUUAAGGACAACAACCGCAUGCUUGUACGCGUCGACCAUUUUGCAAUGUUACCUGUAUUUGCUUUUUGAUACUUAUCGACUUUGUGAACAGGAUAUUGCGUUAUAUGAUAGAGAAAGGGCAGAGGGUUCGGUGACACCGUUGGCAUUCAUCGUCGCUAGGAAACUGUCACUUUUUCUCUCUGACGAUUUCGCAAUGACCAUGAUUUUUGUCAGUAUAACGUAUUUCAUGUUUGGAUUGGAAGCAGAUGCUAAGAAAUUUUUUUAUCAAUUUGCCGUUGUAUUUCUAUGUCAAUUAUCAUGCUCAGGCUUAUCUAUGUUAUCGGUGGCAGUAUCGAGAGAUUUUUCUAAAGCAUCUUUAGUGGGAAACAUGACAUUUACAGUAUUAUCAAUGGGUUGUGGUUUUUUCGUUAACGCUAAAGUAAUGCCAGUGUAUGUUCGUUGGAUUAAAUAUAUUGCUUUUACGUGGUAUUCAUUCGGUACUCUGAUGUCGAGCACCUUUACGGAUUCGUACUGUACCUCAGAUAAUCUCGAUGAGUGCUUAGGCAACCAGAUUUUAGAAGUUUACGGAUUUUCUAAGAAUUGGAUAACUGUCCCUGCCGUUGUCUUACUUUGUUGGUCUGUAGGAUAUUUUGUGGUAGGCGCAAUUAUUCUAUAUUUGCACAAAAUUGAUAUCACAUUACAAAAUGAAGUGAAAUCGAAGGAAAAGAAAACCAGUAAGAAAUCCCCAUCAGGAAAGAAACCCGAGAUUCAGUUGCUAGAUGACGUUCAUCAUCAGAAGGACUUGGAAGCAGAAAAAGAAAGAAAAGUAUCUAUUACCAUAAAAUUACAGGACAUAGACCUGCGAGUCAUUUUUUCAGCCCCUUUGUCAAAUUGGAAAGAAGGCAACUUCCAUCAUGAAACAAAGGAGAUUUUACAAUCAGUGAAUGCUAUUUUCAAGCCUGGAAUGAUUAAUGCAAUUAUGGGGCCGUCAGGGUCUGGAAAGUCCUCGCUGUUAAACCUAAUCUCCGGAAGAUUAAAAUCCUCCGUUUUUGCCAAAUUCGACACUUCAGGUUCGAUAAUGUUCAAUGACAUACAAGUUUCACAGCUUAUGUUCAAAAAUGUUUGCUCGUAUGUCUCGCAGGAUGACGACCAUCUUUUGGCCGCUUUAACUGUUAAAGAAACCCUGAAGUAUGCCGCUGCAUUAAGGUUGCAUCACUUAACUGAGGCAGAACGAAUGGAAAGAACCGAUAACCUGAUAAGAUCUUUAGGUUUAAAGCACUGUGAGAACAAUAUCAUUGGUAAUGAAUUUGUCAAGGGUAUAAGCGGCGGUGAAAAAAGGAGAGUAACUAUGGGUGUACAAUUAUUAAAUGAUCCUCCAAUCCUGUUGCUAGAUGAACCAACUUCAGGCUUAGAUAGCUUCACAUCCGCUACUAUAUUGGAAAUUUUGGAGAAGCUGUGUAGAGAACAGGGCAAGACCAUCAUUAUUACCAUUCAUCAACCAAGAUCGGAAUUAUUCAAGCGAUUUGGCAAUGUUUUAUUAUUAGCUAAAUCAGGAAGAACCGCUUUCAAUGGAUCACCCGAUGAAAUGAUUGCUUAUUUUGCUAAAUUGGGAUUUAACUGUCCAUCGUUUACGAACGUGGCAGAUUUCUUUCUUGAUUUAAUUUCAGUUAAUACCCAAAAUGAACAGAAUGAAAUAAGCUCAAGAGCAAGGGUAGAAAAGAUACUUAGCGCGUGGAAAGAUAAUAUGGAUAGUGAAAGCCUUUCAUCAACCCCAAUUUCCGAAAAACAACAAUACUCUCAGGAGUCAUUUUUAACAGAAUACAGCGAGUUUGUAAGAAAGCCGGCUAAUUUGGUUUUGGCCUACAUGGUCAACGUUAAAAGGCAAUUUACUACUACAAGAAGAAGCUUUGACUCUUUAAUGGCACGUAUUGCACAAAUUCCAGGAUUGGGUGUUAUUUUUGCAUUAUUCUUUGCUCCGGUCAAACAUAAUUAUACCAGUAUUAGCAAUCGUUUAGGGCUGGCACAAGAAUCCACUGCGCUGUAUUUUGUGGGUAUGUUGGGGAACUUGGCUUGUUAUCCAACUGAAAGAGAUUAUUUUUACGAAGAAUACAAUGAUAAUGUCUAUGGUAUAGCACCUUUUUUCUUAGCUUAUAUGACACUAGAGUUGCCCCUAUCCGCCUUAGCUUCAGUAUUAUAUGCGGUAUUUACAGUACUGGCAUGUGGGUUACCAAGAACUGCAGGCAAUUUCUUUGCAACCGUUUAUUGUUCCUUUAUCGUUACCUGUUGUGGCGAAGCUUUGGGUAUAAUGACAAAUACAUUCUUUGAAAGGCCAGGCUUCGUCGUUAACUGUAUCUCUAUUAUUUUAUCCAUUGGUACGCAGAUGUCAGGAUUGAUGUCACUAGGCAUGUCGAGAGUAUUAAAGGGUUUCAACUAUUUGAACCCCGUCGGAUACACAUCUAUGAUUAUUAUUAAUUUUGCAUUUCCAGGUAAUUUGAAGUUGACCUGUGAAGAUGGUGGGAAAAAUCCAGACGGUACGUGUGAGUUUGCUAAUGGACAUGAUGUUUUGAUUUCUUACGGUUUAGUGAGAGAUACGCAAAAGUAUUUGGGAAUUAUUGUGUGUGUGGCCAUAAUUUAUCGUCUUAUUGCUUUUUUUAUUUUAAAAGCAAAAUUGGAAUGGAUAAAGUGGUGA